AUCCAAGAAGGAAUGAAUAGAUGUUUUGAAAGGGUAUAUGAUCAGGUUUUGUCCUGCAUCAAGCUAAAUUAGUCAGCACUAGUACGGAACAAGGCAAGUUCUGUAUCUAGUAACCUAAAGGAGGAAGCUUAGGGUUUGGGAAAAUGCAGUUUCAUUUUUUCCCCGGAUUCUGCAUCUUUCAUACAACUACUAUGCUCUCAGUCUAUCCCACUCUGAACCUCUAUCAUGCCCUCCCCUACAUACUUGAAAGACAGGCUCGCUAACGCCCCCUCCCGACGGGUCGAUGCUCUUCCCAAUUAAACCAGCCAGAGGCGAUCGGCCGUCAUGGCGUAAUCUCCGACGUGACCGCCUGCUGAUUGGCCCAUUGGGGGUUCUGGCCCCGUGUCAAGAGAAUCAACAAUCAUUACUCCUUCGAGUCUUGCACACUAAACCGCAAUUCUCCUUUUUGUCGAAUGUGCGGAGGUGAAGUACCGAUGACUCUCUGAAUUUUCGCUGCCCUGCGUUCUCUCACACUCGUUUCCCUAUGCUUCCUUGCGCUUGAAACAUCAUGCCUCUUCCCCCUUACCGGGACGCUCCAUCAUCCGCCAAAAUUUCCCCCCAGCGGUACACCCCACUACACGAAUCCAUUCCCGAGGAGCGCAACGGCAAAGGCUACGGCUCUGAUGCCGACUCUCUCCCUCUCUCCGACCCAUCCGAUGGCGACGAUGAUUCCGAGAUCAGGCUCCGUCGCGUAGACCGCCACGGAGCCCGCAGCAAUCAUGCAAAUGCCUACAUGCCCGUCGUAAGGAAAUCUGGUGAUGUCGAAGCGUAUCUGGACAGUAUCACCGAAGCAGAGCAGGAGUUACUCUCCGCGAGCCGGCAGUAUGAUGCCGUGGAUGAAGACGACGACAACGAUUCAGAUGGAUAUGGCGUGGGGGUAAAAAAGGGGCAGAAACAGGGUUUACUACACAGCUCACGCGGUCGCCGGACAGGUUGGCGGACGGUUUACUACUCGAAGUAUUGGUGGCGCAUACUGAUCGGGGUUAUCGUGGCAUUGGUCUUACUGGUCGGAGUAUUCCUGACUAUUGCGUGGUCCAAGCAAGCCGAGGAAGAGCUGGAUUAUUCGAUGAUUCCAGCUGAAUCAUGGUUUCCUACUCCGCGGGGUGGAGCUUUAGAGGAAUGGGCGGAAGAUUACCAGAAAGCGGCGAUGUUAGUUGGGAAUAUGACCCUGGUCGAGAAGGUUAAUAUCACAACUGGAACUGGCUGGAGGAUGGGGCUCUGUGUAGGCAAUACGGGACCGGCCGAAUUUGUCCGAUUUCCCUCCCUGUGUUUACAAGAUGGGCCGAUGGGGAUACGAUAUGCGGACCACAUUUCAGCCUUUCCUCCCGGUCUGACCACAGGAGCUACCUGGAAUCGUGAUUUGAUUCGGGAAAGAGGUGUUGCACUGGGGCUAGAGGCACGCAUGAAGGGGGUUAACGUGCUCCUUGGUCCAUCGAUGGGGCCCCUUGGGAUGAUGCCCGCGGGCGGGCGCAACUGGGAGGCCUUUGGUUCCGAUCCUGUGCUUCAAGGAGUCGCUGCGGCAGAGACCAUCAGGGGCAUUCAAAGUAACGGUGUGAUGGCCACCGCCAAGCACUUCGUCAUGAACGAGCAGGAACACUUCCGCCAACCCUUUGAAUGGGGCAUCCCUACCGCGCUGUCAUCGAAUGUAGGAGACCGGGCUUUACAUGAGGUAUUUGCGUGGCCUUUCGCGGAGAGUAUCCGCGCAGACGUGGCUAGCGUAAUGUGUGCCUACCAGAUGGUCAACAAUAGCCAUGCCUGCGAGAACAGCAAAUUACUGAAUGGGAUCCUCAAGGACGAGCUGGGAUUCCAGGGAUUUGUGCAGUCGGACUGGCUGGCUCAACGAUCGGGCAUCAAUAGCGCUUUGGGUGGGCUCGACAUGAGUAUGCCUGGUGAUGGCUUGCAAUGGGCGGACGGAAAGUCCCUGUGGGGGAGUGAACUGACUCGCGCUGUACUCAAUACGUCUGUUCCCAUGGAGCGACUAAACGACAUGGUAACUCGUAUCGUCGCAGCAUGGUAUCAUCUCGGACAGGACCAAUGGGAACGCCCGUCGCCCGAUGGGGAAGGUGGCCCUAACUUCUCCUCUUGGACGGACGAUGAAACCGGCUGGUGGCAACAUGCUAGUGCCGAGGAAAACGAUUUGAAUGGAGGAUGGGGUAUUGUUAACAAAUACGUGGAUGCCGGCGCAGGGCACGGGGACAUCUCAAGAAGAGUGGCCGCAGAAGGCAUCGUUCUUGUGAAGAAUCAGAACAACACGUUGCCACUGUCCCGUAGCCCCCAAGGCCCAUAUCGCGUUGGUGUUUAUGGUGACGAUGCUGGACCGGCUUUAGGGCCAAAUGCGUGCCCGGACCGUGGAUGCAACCAGGGUACCUUGGCGGCUGGUUGGGGUAGCGGUACCGUCGAAUUCCCUUACCUCGUGAGUCCCCUAGAGGCUUUGCAGGGUGCUUGGCAAACCGAAGUCGAUAUUACCCCGUAUCUGCGGAAUAUGGUCCUGCCAAUGGAUGCCCAGGAUAAGGACUUGUGUCUUGUGUUCGCCAAUGCAGACUCGGGCGAAGGAUAUAUCUCGGCCGGGGGAAUCCACGGUGAUCGCAAUGACUUGUUCCUGCAGAAGGGGGGCGACACCCUGAUCGAAGCUGUGGCUGGCAACUGCCGGGGACCGACGGUGGCGGUGGUGCACGCUGUGGGCCCGGUCGUCGUCGAGUCAUGGAUUGAUCAUCCCGGUGUGGAUGCGGUACUCUUCGCCCAUCUGCCUGGUGAGGAAAGCGGUAAUGCGCUUGUAGAUGUUCUGUUUGGUGACGUCGAUGCGAGUGGACGACUGCCGUACACGGUUGGCAGGAGCUUGGAGGACUACGGACCAGGGGCGCAAGUGCUAUAUGAAAACAACGCCCCAGUACCACAGGUUGACUUUUUGGAUGCGCUGUAUUUGGACUACCGGUAUUUCGACAAGUUUAACAUCACGCCGCGAUUUGAAUUCGGGUUUGGCCUGUCCUACACCACCUUCGAGCUAUCCAGGUUGCGAAUCAAAUCGCUGCAAAGGAAGUCUCGACUGCCAAAGUCGCGCCCGGUAGAUCCAGUUUCCCCCCCAGAGUAUGACAGUCGUCCGCCCGUGAACGACAGCGUGCUCUUCCCGGAUGGGUUCCACGCGUUACGCAAGUAUAUCUAUGCAUACCUGCCCUCGUUGGACGGGACAGCCGCGGCAAACUACUCACAUUAUCCGGACGGAUAUGACCUGCCACGACGACCGUCACAAAGCGGAGGCGGUCUCGGUGGUAACCCGGCGCUGUAUGAAGAAAUGGCCCAAAUCCAAGUCCAGGUGGCUAACACGGGCAGCCGUACUGGCCAGACUGUCGUCCAAGCCUACGUGUCAUUCCCGCCGAAUGUGGUUGAAGACGGCGAUUUGAUCGAGGUGCCGCUGGACGAAAGCAAAGAACGGAUGACGUUUGUGCGCGACAAAGAAUCUAUCGAAUUUCCGGACAGGGUUCUCCGGAAUUUCACUAAGGUUGCGCUGGAGCCGGGCGAGAAGAAGACGGUUGAAAUGCGGUUCAGCCGCAAGGAUCUUAGUUACUGGAGUGCUCGUCAACAAAAUUGGGUCAUGCCCGACGGCGAGUUCCAGAUCUGGGUUGGGCAGAGCUCGCGGGACCUGCCCUUGCACGGCAAGUACUGAAACCGAUGUUCAGUCCGUCCUACUAUGUACAGUAAGCGCAUCAUCGGUUGUAUAAUUAACCUUUUGCACAUAGAUCAUACUAGAUAUAUAUAGACCGACCCUUGAAACAUAACAUCAUUUGGCAUCGGGGAGCCACAGAUUCCUCCACCAGCAGGGCUCUCAGCCACGCGCUAGUAACUAGGAAACGGUCAAGACCCUGAGUCGUGGCCAGUGAUACUCCGUCGGAGAAUCUCCACCCACCCAGUUGAUGACUUUCUGCACCUGCCGAUCGGGCCGAUCAU